AUGGGAAAAUCUACAAAUGAUUCAAUCAACGACUUGCACCCUGUUGAAUUGGCAGCACAUUCGCUUUUGAGUGGCCCAUUAGAUAGCCUAAAUGAUAACUUCGAACUGUUGAGCCAGUCUCAAGUUAUACUUUUGACGAGGUUGAAAAUCAUUGAAGAUCGAUUAAACAAUUUCAAAGAGCUAGUCGAUGCAAAUAUCAUUGAUGAAAAACAAUUUCUACAGCAAACAAGUAAAGUGAAAGAGCUAUCAAAAAGGUUGUCUCAUAUAUUAAGACAACUAGACAAGAUUGAUUCGAGGCUCGACAAACUCAAGUAA